CCCUCUCCCACCUCUGUCUGCCCGCUGCCUCUCGUCUAGCUGCUGUCAGGAGCUGACUGCCUCCAGGGCUGGAAUCCUGUGCUCCCUCUGUGCCCAGAGCCCCACGAUGUCGGCCAACGCCACACUGAAGCCGCUCUGCCCCAUCCUGGAGCAGAUGAGCCGUCUCCAGAGCCACAGCAACACCAGCAUCCGCUACAUCGACCAUGCGGCCGUGCUGCUGCACGGGCUGGCCUCGCUGCUGGGCCUGGUGGAGAAUGGAGUCAUCCUCUUCGUGGUGGGCUGCCGCAUGCGCCAGACCGUGGUCACCACCUGGGUGCUGCACCUGGCGCUGUCCGACCUGCUGGCCUCUGCUUCCCUGCCCUUCUUCACCUACUUCUUGGCCGUGGGCCACUCGUGGGAGCUGGGCACCACCUUCUGCAAACUGCACUCCUCCAUCUUCUUUCUCAACAUGUUCGCCAGCGGCUUCCUGCUCAGCGCCAUCAGCCUGGACCGCUGCCUGCAGGUGGUGCGGCCGGUGUGGGCGCAGAACCACCGCACCGUGGCCGCGGCGCACAAAGUCUGCCUGGUGCUCUGGGCGCUAGCGGUGCUCAACACGGUGCCCUAUUUCGUGUUCCGGGACACCAUAUCGCGGCUGGACGGGCGCAUCAUGUGCUACUACAACGUGCUGCUCCUGAACCCGGGGCCUGACCGCGAUGCCACGUGCAACUCGCGCCAGGCGGCCCUGGCCGUCAGCAAGUUCCUGCUGGCUUUCCUGGUGCCGCUGGCGAUCAUCGCCUCGAGCCACGCCGCCGUGUGCCUGCGGUUGCAGCACCGCGGCCGCCGGCGGCCAGGCCGCUUCGUGCGCCUGGUGGCGGCCGUCGUGACCGCCUUCGCGCUCUGCUGGGGGCCCUACCACGCGUUCAGCCUGCUGGAGGCGCGGGCGCAUGCCAACCCGGGGCUGCGGCCGCUCGUGUGGCGCGGGCUGCCCUUCGUCACCAGCCUGGCCUUCUUCAACAGCGUGGCCAACCCGGUGCUCUACGUGCUCACCUGCCCCGACAUGCUGCGCAAGCUGCGGCGCUCGCUGCUCACGGUGCUGGAGAGCGUGCUAGUGGACGACAGCGAGCUGGGUGGCGCGGGAAGCAGCCGCCGCCGCCGCCGCACCCCCUCCAGCACCCGCUCGGCCUCCUCCUUAGCUCUCGGCAGCCGCCCCGAGGAACCGCGGGGUCCCGCGCGCCUCCUCGGCUGGCUGCUGGGCGGCUGCGCAGCGUCCUGGCAGAGGCGCCCCCUGAACCGGGCGCUGAGCAGCACCUCGAGUUAGAACCCGGCCCGGGUAGGGCAGCGCUCACACGCGAAAGCAUCACCAGGGCGCCGCGGUUCAACUUGAUAUCCGGACUCCAGCCGCAGUCAUCAAAGUCCGAGGGGCAGGACCCAGGCAUCUGCAUUUUAAAGCGCCCCAGGAGACUCUGAAUCUUUUUCAGAAACAGUGAGUUAAAGCAGUGCUUCUCAAACUUUGAUAUGCCAGUGAAUCACCUAGGGGUCUUGUGAAGUGCAGUCUGAUUCAGGAAGCCGGGGCCAGGUACUGAGAGUCUGCACUUAACAAGCUUCCAGGCCGAGAAGCCACUGCGGCAGGCUCACAGGCGAGGCCUGGAGUAACACAAAGUGAAACUCAUAAUAGACUUCCCACUCUAGGGCAGUGGAGUCGGAAGGGCACACGGGGUGCCUCUCCCCGGAGCUCAGUUUUACCAGAUGAUGGGGGAGGGGGGAGGGAGUUUUAUGUUAAACCAUCCAUGUAUUUUUGGAGGAGAGGAAAGGUUUGAGAAGCACUGUUCCAGCCUGCCCUCUUUAUUUAGCCAAUGCUUACUGCGCUAGACGCUUCACAUCCCACAAUCUUAAGGGGCAGCUUCUAUUAGCCAGUCUUUACAGCUGAGCACAUUCUGGCUCAGGGAGGUUAAGUGACUUGCCCAGUUUCAGGGCUAACGACCACAGGGUCUGCACUGUAACCCUAGGCAUCACAUACUCAAUGACUCUCUGGUGAGCGAGGACAUUCUCUGACCUACUCAAGGGACUUAAGAUGCUACCUUGUGACCCAGCACUGCCCAAAGUGCUUCCAAGGCAGAAGCAGCAGGGGAUGGUGUGGUCAAGCACUCGGGAAACCUGGGGCUAAUCAAAUCCAACGGGGGAAAUGACUAAAAGUCUUCGGUCGUUAGAACUUGAAUGGGCACAGCAACUCUGAGACUACAGCACAUGUCAUUUCUUAGCUAAGCUGACCAGCCUCCCUGCCGGCCUGGUGUUCUGUGGGAUCCCUCUGGGCACUGGUAAUCCCAAGAUCUGUGCAGCCCUCGCCUCCAGGCUGCAUGGGGCUGGGCAGCUACCAUUUCCCGUUUAUGGAUGGGAGGGGUAACGUGCACCUCCGAGCUAGCACUUCCACUGCACCGCGUCUCAUUCCUCCACCUGCCAUGGACUUGGGGUCACAGACUGCUGUGUUUGAGCUCUGCAGCCCAGGGACUGAAAAGUUGAUGCCAAUGAAUUUUGCUUGGUGGAUGAAACGUCAGUGGAAGAAGCAGAUGAGACACUCUUGAGAUCUUCGUCCUGUGUUUUUUCUGCCACCAAAGGCCAGGAUCACUGAAGGCCUGGCUCACAGCAGGUGUUGAGCAAAGGGAACAGUGAGGUGCCCAGCUAGCUGCACAGCCACCCUGUGUUGACACCUCACCCCUGCUCCCUCCCAUCCCUUCCCCCUUUACUCAUAGCACUUCCCCCAUUGGACACGUGGUGCAUUUUGCUUGUUUAUUAUGUUUUCUCUCCAUCAGAAUGAAAGCUCCUCGAGGGCAGGGGCUUUGGUCUAUUGUCUGUAUUUGCCGGUGCCUAGGAUUGUGCCUGUGUGCAACAGGCACUCAAUAAAUAUUUUUGCUGUAGACUGGA